AUGCUGGACCUCGACAACUCAAUCAACUGCGUGUGCAUCUGCGACGAUGUCACCGGCUGCUGUCACGGCAGCGGUGGAGCUAAUCAGGGCGGAAGAGGCCCCAGGACGUCCAAAGACGGUUCCAGUGGAAGCUCAGAGGGCUUCGAGGUUGCAGAUGAAGUUGAUGGUGAUCAGUCUUCCUUGGAGAGAAGUGAAGCGCUGAAGAAGGCCGCCGCCGCGAAGAAGAAAAAGUCCACCCUCUGCAAUCCACCGCCGCUGGUGAACUCCUGUCAGCUCGGCGUGGCGCACUCCUGCCUCUACAGUGGCUCCAAGUUUGGCGGCUUUCAGACCUCCAAGGGGAACUCCUACCAGGUGGAGGUCGUCUUUCAGAACGUCGACCAGGCAAACUCCUACCUCUGCGGCUACCUGAUGAUCAAAGGGCUGACGGAGGAGUACCCGACGAUGACGACCUUCUUCGACGGGGAGAUCAUCUCCGCAAAGAAUCCCUUUCUCACGCGCAAGUGGGAGGCGGAUGAGGAGAUUGACAGAAAACACUGGACCCGUUUCCUCAGCUUCGGCAACUACACUAAAACCUUCAAUUGUGAUACCUUCGACUACAAGGCGCUCGGCGCGACUGACUUUGUCUUUAUGCGCUGGAAGGAGCGCUUCCUCUUGCCGGAUCACACCGUCAAGGACAUUCACGGCGCCAGCUUCGCCGGCUUCUACUACAUCUGCUUCACUAAAUCCAAGGCCACCAUCGAGGGCUACUACUACCACCGACAGUCAGAGUGGUACCAGACACUGAAUCUGACGCAUAUACCGGAGAACUCCAUUUCCAUAUACGAGUUUCGUUGA